UCGGUGUUUCGAAGCACAUAUAAGAUGAAUCCCUGCUCGGGCAUUCGUCUGCUACGAUUGCACCAAAUCCAGCUUCGGAGACGAUCAACUGAAUUCCCAUAUCUUGUCGUCGUCACUUAUUAUGGUGAUCAUGAAGUCGUGGUGUCUCCUGGCGUUGGCCUCGUCCCUCGCUGACGCCACUCAGCUGAAGCGGGUCACUCAAGUACCGACUUCAAACUCCGCUGGAACUGCCUACAAGACAGAUCUAUUCCAAGGACUCAACCAGGCGAUACAAGACUCGACGCUGAACAAUUCAGAAUUGACCUACACUCGGCGGAAUGGAAAACCAUACUUCCAGCCUCUCGGUGCACAACGAGCUGGCAAGAAUGGACCUCUUCUCCUUCAAGAUGUCCACCUCCUCGAUACCCUAGCCGCGUUCAACCGAGAGAGAAUUCCCGAGCGCGUCGUCCACGCGCGAGGUGCCGGUGCUCAUGGUUUCUUCGAGGCCACCACCGACUUUGCAGCCAACCUUUCCGCAGCCGAGUUCUUCCGGAAAGGAACCCGCACGUCGGUCACCGUCCGCUUCUCGACUGUCGGCGGUGCUCGUGGCUCUGCUGAUCAAGCGAGAGACCCUCGAGGAGUCGCGAUCAAGUUCCGCACAUCCCAAGGCAUCCUCGACUGGGUAUUCAACAACACACCCGUGUUCUUUCUGCGAGAUCCUGCUAAGUUCCCGCGAUUCAUCCACACACAAAAGACGGAUCCCGCGACCAACGCACGCGACUGGAACACAUUCUGGUCCUGGCCCGCUCAAUUCCCCGAAGCUCUGCUGCAGUUUCUCCGCCUGUUUUCCGACCUCGGUACUCCGUAUGGUUUCCGCCACAUGGAUGCAUGGUCCGGACACACAUAUCGUCUGGUGAAAGAGGACGGCAGCUGGGUAUAUUGUCGGGUCUACCUGUCCACCGACCAGGGCGUCAAGAACUUCACCGACGCCGAAGCCGGCGCAAAGGCUGCUAGCAACGACGCCUGGGCAACAAAGGAGCUCUACGACGCGAUCGAGGCAGGCGACUACCCGUCCUGGACGGUCGGCAUCGCCACCAAGACCGUCGAGCAAGCGAAGAACUAUCGCUAUGACAUUCUCGACCUUACCAAGGACUGGCUCGAUGCCGAAUAUCACGAGGUUGGCCGCAUCACCCUAACCCAGAACCCCUCAAAUUAUCACGAAGAGGUUGAAUCAAGUCACUACUCGCCAGGACACACGAUUCCGGGCUGGGAGCCGUCCGCCGACCCGGUGCUCCAGAGCCGACUCUUCGCCUACAACGACGCAGGCCGGUACCGCGUCGGCGUCAACGUGGACAACGUCCCCGUCAACUGCCCCUUCACCCAAGUCGCCAACUUCGACCGGGACGGGCACCUCUCGAACCUGGGCAACCAGGGUUCGCGCCCGAACUUCCCCGCCGAAUACAUCGACCCGAUCCACGUGAUCCCCCGACCGAAGACGGAGAUCGAGGACCCGCUGGAGGGCAACACGGUCUUCUACCAGUCCGAGCUGGACCCGAACCUCGACUACGAGCAGCCGGCGCUGUUCUACAACACGACCCUGUCGCCGCACGACCGCGGGAACCUCCACGCGAACAUCGCCGGCACGUUGGUGAACGUGGAUAACAAGCAAGUCUUCGAUGCGCUCCUGGCGCAGUUUGGCAAGAUCAGCCCGGCUCUCGAGGAGGGCGUCCGAUCGGCGUAUCGGGACGCGGCCGGGAAGGCUUCCGGGGGGGAAGGACACUGAGGCGUGCUGGAAGAGAGGAUGGUACCUGGUCUAGUAAAUACUACUUCGCUCUUGUCAUCAUGACGGAGAUUGUUGGUUCG